AUCUUCCUGAAAGAAGAAGGAGGCGGUUGUGUUUUGUAAGCAGUGAUGGCGUCGUACUGGAGAUUAUUUGUAUUAAUCGUUUCUUCACUUUUGGUCUAUGUUUCGGCAGAGACACGACAGUUUGGCACGGAAAAUGUGAUUAACGUGACUGCGGUUAGUGAAAAUGAAGAUUUGACGUACAACGUGCAGGUCAGCUUGAACAUCACCCUGGUGGACAAUAAAACUACCGUCAAUGGGGUUCCUCUCAAGCCGUCAGAGGUGAUGAGGAUGCCGUGCAAGGCUUUGCUGCUAGACGACAGUAACGUGAGCCUGAGUGACGGCGCCGGGAUGGCGCUCAGCAGCGUGUUGAGGCUGAUGCUGGAUCACUCGUAUCUGCAGAGUGAAACGGGGGACGAGGUGCUGCUGCUGCUGACUCUGGGUCAGGAGAUGAUCCAACUCGGUGAAGAGAAGGUUUGGCAGCCCGACGUGUGGGAAGUGAAAAUGCUGCUGAACCAGACGUCUGAGGAGGUCACCCAGGAACAAAACAUCUACCCGGCGAGAUCCAGCAAGAUCGUCGCCAUGCCGCGAGAAAACGACAUCGUCGUGGCCGAAGAGUAUGUCGCUAAAACAGGCGAAGACCAGGUCCUCCACACGACCAGUCACUACCCGCUGAGGCAGGCUGAAACCACCCAGGAGGAGACGGCCGCUCCAGGAAAGCUUCCCGAGACCCCGCUGCGCAUGGAACCCAGCGUGCUGUACGAGGGCGUGAAGGGGGACGAAGUUGAUCCUGAUGAGCUGCUCCCGGACGUCCCUCUCCGCCAGUCGCCCUCGUCUUAUAACGAGGCGUGUCGGUGGUUGGAGGAUCUCCGGGACAAGCUGAGACGCUUCUGCUCCGAGUCUCUGCCACUCUUCUUCCUCAUCAUGUGGGUGGUGGUAGUCGGUGUCGUCGGCUCUGCGGUCAUCAUCAAGGUCCUCGAGCUCCUGUUUCCCACGUGUGAACACAAGGGUUUCUUUCAUCUGAACCCAGAGACUCUGAUGCCGGUCGAGGAGAAGCAGAGCCUGAUAGAGAACAUGCAGCUGGAGGUAGAGGAGCAAGACAAGAGCCAUGUAAACGGAGAGCUGUACUGAUUGUGGUUAAUUAAUAUUUUUAUUUCCCCCCGGUUACCUGCUUUUGACGUUUCUGUGAGUUUUUCUUGCAAAUGUAGCACUUUACAGGCCUAAAGAUUUUUCUUUAUUUCAGAAUGAGCGAUGUUUUGUUGGUUUCCAUGGAGGCAUGACUCAGAUUUAAUAUUUCCUAUUCCGUUUGUAUUUUUCAAGUUGCUAUUACAGUGUGUCCAUGGAGGGGAAGAAUCUCCUGUGGUGUACGAUGACGUAUUUAUGCACUUAACUCACUAAAAUAGAGUGGAGUUUUGGGACCAAGCGACAGCUUCUGGUCCGUGUUCAAAUGCUACAAUAAGGUCCUGAGGCACGCGCAGUGCAAUCAUAUGGACACAGGAACAAUUCAUCAUAGAACAGUGCUGUUAUUCCCUAAAUCACUAAGAAGGGGGGGGAAAAAAAAAAGUUUUGGAUGUGUGGGUUUGGAAAAUAAUGAAAUUCAGGGUGUUACCAUCAUGUUUUAUUCCUUAAUUUUCAAGCUGGACACUGACUGAAUUAAAGUGUUAACUGUGUGGUGGAACUUACAGGCGCUCCUCCAGCACACGCUUCCAAGUUUCACUCAAUAUUUCAGAGAACUUUUAUCAUAGUCAAACAUGUCACUUAUUCACUAGAAAAAGGCCACUAAUUUGGAACAAAGCAAAGCAGCACCUGGAAUAUCAGUGUAAUCUCAAAAAAAUCGUGUAUUAUAAAAAUAUUUGGUUUGUGAAGACAAGUACAAUAAACCACAGACUGACUAA